AGCGGUGGCUUUGGGGGCAGCUUUGGAGGGGGCUUUGGUAGCUGCUCGGUGGGGGCAGGUUUUGGAGGAAACUCAGGCUAUGGGGCGAGCUCCGCAUUUGGCUCUGGAUUCGGUGGGAGUUCAGGAUUCGGCAGGGGUUCUGGAUUCGCCAGUGGUGCCGGCGGAGGCUUCUCCAGCUACGGUGCCGGAGUGGGAGGGGGUGUUGGCGAUGGGGGCCUUUUCUCCGGAGGUGAAAAACAAACCAUGCAGAACCUCAAUGACCGCCUGGCCAAUUACCUAGACAAGGUCAGAGCCUUGGAGGAGGCCAACGCUGAUCUAGAGAACAAAAUCAAGGAGUGGUAUGACAAAUUGGGGCCGGGGUCCAGAGACGGUGUACCCGGAAAAGAUUACAGCAAAUAUUAUGCAGUCAUUGAAGAUCUCAGGAACCAGAUCAUUACUGCCACUACUGAAAAUGCUGGGAUCAUUUUGCAGAUUGACAAUGCCAGAUUGGCUGCCGAUGACUUUAGACUGAAGUAUGAAAAUGAGCUGCAUCUCCGACAAAGUGUGGAGGCCGACAUCAAUGGCCUGCGGAAAGUCCUGGACGACCUGACCAUGACACGCUCCGACCUGGAGAUGCAGGUUGAGAGUCUCACUGAGGAGCUGGCCUUCCUGAAGAAGAACCACGAGGAGGAGAUGAGGAGUAUGCAAGGCAGCUCUGGAGGGGACGUGACCGUGGAAAUGAAUGCCGCCCCAGGAACCGACCUGACCAAAUUACUGAAUGACAUGAGAGCACAGUAUGAGGAGCUGGCUGAGCAGAACCGCAGAGAGGCCGAGGAGCAGUUUAACAAGCAGAGCGCAUCACUGCAAGCGCAGAUCUCUACUGACGCCGGGGCAGCCACUUCUGCCAGGAAUGAAAUAACAGAACUCAAACGUACUCUGCAAGCCCUAGAAAUUGAGCUGCAGUCCCAACUGGCCAUGAAAUGCUCCCUGGAAGGGACCCUGGCAGACACAGAGGCCGGCUACGUGGCUCAGCUGUCAGAGAUCCAGGCGAAGAUCAGCAGUCUGGAGGAGCAGAUCUGCCAGGUCCGGGGCGAGACCGAGUGCCAGAACUCGGAGUAUCAGCAACUGCUGGACAUCAAGACGCGCCUGGAGAAGGAGAUCGAGACCUACCGCUGCCUGCUGGAUGGAGAAGGACAUGGUUCUUGUUUUGGAGGAUUUGAUUAUAGGAAGUCAGGAUCCAGAAACAUGGAAUCCAGGGACGUGGGAGCUGGUGACUCAAGGUCUGGAAGCUGCUCUGGUCAAGGAAGAGAUCCAAGCAAAACUAGAGUGACUAAGACCAUCGUAGAAGAGGUGGUGGAUGGAAAAGUCGUCUCGUCACAAGUCAGCAGUAUUUCUGAGGUGAAAGUUAAGUAA